AUGAAGGCCAUAGUAAUGAACGAUUUCGUUACCGACUUGAACGAGAUUAGAGUCUCGGAAAUCGAUAGACCCAUAGCAAAGCCAGACGACAUCCUCGUUCAGGUGAAGGCUGCCGGAGUGAACUAUGUGGACACGCUAUAUGCCAAAGGCAAACACCAAAACAAUCGGUCUCUAGUACGGCCACCAUUUAUCCUUGGCCUUGAAUUCUCUGGAGUCGUGCUCUCAGCGCCACCAGGUUCCGGCUGGCAGGCCGGGGACAGAGUAUUUGGGGGUUGUACCGGUUCGUACAGCGAAGUCAUCUCCAUUCCUAUAUCAACCCCUCUGCACCGAAUCCCAGAAAAAUGGACUUUUACUGAAGCUGCGGGAAUCGCUGCCACACUUCCCGUCUCCUACGCCGCACUUGUCAACCAGGCCGGCAUCAAGAGUGGCCAAACUGUUCUUAUACAUGCCGCAGCCGGUGGACUGGGAAUUAUGGCUGUUCAAGUUGCCGUAGCUUUAGGAUGCCGAGUCAUUGGAACAGCCGGGUCCUCAGCCAAAUGUGCUGUGGCUACCAGGUUCGGAGCUCACGUUUGUCUCGAUUACACCCAAGAUUCGACGUGGUGGGAACGAGUACUGCAGUUGACCGACGGCAAAGGUGCUGACAUAGUUUUCGACUCUGUCGGCCUUGUCGAACCUAGCUUGAAAUGUAUUGCUCACCGAGGUAAACUAUUGAUUGUAGGUUUUGCCGGCCUACAAGAUGGGAUGGAAAUGAUAGCGAUGAAUCGAAUCCUCCUCAAGCAGGUAUCCCUAAUUGGUUAUCGAUUCGGCGAGAGCGCUCGGCGAUAUCCUGAAGAACAUAGCGCCAUCUGGAGUGGGCUUUGGCCAUUGAUAGAGAAGGGCAGCGUACAACCUGUAGUCUAUGAGUCUGACUACUACGGGCUUGGGAGCGUACCCCGCGCGUUGACAGACAUGGUCGAGCGGAGGAUCUGGGGCAAAGCUGUUAUCAACCUAGGUGGUCUCUUGACAGACUCUUCACAUGCAAAACUCUGA